AUGCCAUCGACUUUCCGGUCGUCACGUUCAGGGCGCCAGCUCGACGGUAACCGCCGAACCGGUCAAAUCGACCACGAUGUCUUCGAAGGAUUACCCGUUCGCCGCUGGUCGCGUCAACCACACACUCAUUCCCAAAUACCCAAGACGGAAGACUCCGAGUUCACAGUACAGGGACCCGGUGGAACUAGUGCGCUGCCGGAACUAGCUAUGCCGCGGGACAGCCAGCUUCUGGGCGCAAGCAGUCGCGCCCUCUUGCGCGCCGCUCGUGCUGGUUGUAUCUAUAUUCACCAAAAUGCUCGCGCCCCUGAUGAGGACGAUAGAACAGUAGCGGAUGGCGAAGAAGGAGCUAGCGGUGCCCACUCGGCGGAUCGCACCUUUACCAGCCGCAAAUGGAUGACACUUCCUAAACACCUGGAGCCUGCGGAGGUAGAGUUUUUGGCGAAGAGACGAUCUGGCUUACCAUCUCUUUAUGGUGGUACGACAUCUGUCGAUGGAUCUGGGUCUGGGCCUGGUCCCAUGAGGCGCACAAAGUUCAAGAAAACGGACCCUGAAACGGGCAAGAUCUCUAUCUAUGAAGCAUGGGUCCCGGAGGGUCAUCGCAUUGAAGGCGAGAUCACUGGUGACGUCCAGGCUAUUGUUCAGCAGAGCACCGUGCCUGUCAAGUCUGAGAUGCCCGCGCCUGGCACGGUUGUUGAAGGCGUUGGUAUUGUCAAUUCAGAGGGUGUCGUGGUUGCGGAAGCUGGCUCGGCUUCUGUGAUGACCCCACCUAAAAGACGGCCCCCGCCGCCAAAGCGCAAGGGCAAGGGUAUCGGUAAGGGUAGAAAGAAGAAGGUCAUGUUUGCUCCGGGAGAAGGGGCCGAUGCUUCGAGCGUACAUGGCGUUCCUUCUGGUGCAAAUGCCGGCGAUGGUGCUUCCAAGGAUGGACAAGAUCCUUCACAGAUGUCAAUCGAUCAGUCUGGACAGGAUGACGAUGAGGAGGACGGUGAUGAAGGUGAUGACAGUGAUGAGGGAGACGAGUCCAUGAUGGAUGCGAAAACCCCGGAAACCCCACAAGCCCCAUCCGUCACCGAGUCUGGGGACCAGCCUACUGUUGAUACUCCAAAUGAGCCCAAGGAUGUCGAAAUGUCCGACGCGACUUUUGAGCCACAAUAUAAUGUCUCAGAGCCUUCUGUGACGGAACAAGAAGCGGUCCCACAACCACCGGCGGCACUCGAAGCACUGCAAACUGAACCCCAGGUUACUACCGCCGCUUCUGACGCACCCGCUCCUACUACAGCGAAGACCGAAAACAUUCCAAGUGAACAAUUCAGUGGUCUUGAUUACCAACCAACUGGUGCGGGAUCCCUAGAAUCACCCGCUGCGCCUGAUCAACGUGAAGCUUCAACUCACUCGGCAUCGGAGGCGGUGCCUAAGGAGGAGUCUGUGGCUCCCGAGCCCACUCCUACUGCUGGAGAACACGCCACUUUGCACUCUAUACCAGCAGAGCCCGUGCCAGAGCCACUUCAGGUGGCGGCUGAGAUUCCAGCAACCGGAUUAAAGGAGGAACCCCAGCCUCCUACUGAGGACGCCUCGACAUCUACUAGUAUUGAUAAGCCUGUGGGAGAAAUUCCUUCAGAGCCGUCGAAUGAGCCGGAGCGGAAACCAUCCGAACAAGACAUCGAAGCACCUAUCCCAUCUCCAGCUGAAUAUCGGGAUAACGAGCCUGCUCCUAUUUUCAACGAGACAGAGAACAAGCAGGAUAGCCCCAGUGGACCUGAUCCUAGCCUUGGUCUUGCAGAGCAAAAGGAAGAUGAGAAGAUGGGCGCCGCACCCUCAGAAUCCACACAGCCAACCCAACCAGAGGAGCCCAUUGCAACCGAGGUCCCUGCAAAGCCCGCCUCCCCUUCACCUCCAGUCACCCAAGUACCUAUCGAUGAGGCUCCUCAGCCCUCUACUCUGGAGCCAGCCGCUGCAAACUUGACCACCGAGGAAGAAGUUCCAGGCGCAGAGGUCCAACCAGAGAAGCCAAGUGAGAUAACGCCGCCUGUGCCAACUGAAGAAGCAGUUCAGCAGGUGGCAGAACCUGCAUCUACUCCUGUGCCUGCUGCUCCUGCUCCUGCUUCCGAAGAGAAAAAAGAUGAGCCAGAGCUGCAACCGGCCCCAGCUUCUGAAUCUGCAUAA